UUAUAAAAAGGAAAACACUACAUGUAAUCUCUCUCAUGAGCUCAUAAAAAACAUUCACAAGAAAGUAACACUUUUUGUCCCUUUGAAGCUCGCCCUUUUUAGCUUUUAUCCAUUGAUUACCAGGAGACGCCUUUUGUGGUUUUUGAUUUUGAGGCUUGACAUUCUUAGAGUUUUAUCAAAGUUUGCAAAGGUGGAAAUUGUGCUCCACAAUUUCAUUGUUGGGUUUGUCUACUUUGGUUUUGGUUCUUAGGCUGAAACUAGUACAGUCGAAGACACUAAUUUCAUCUCAUGAUCUGUAAGUUGAGGAACAAGAUCCUUUCUUUCUGAGUUCAUACUAAUCAUGGCACGCUCUUUAAAGAGUGUUUUUAUUGUUCCUGAAUUGAAUGAGAGCAUGCUUGGCUCCAAAACAAAAGGAGCUUUGAACAAAGCAAAAUCAAAGGGUUGUUCUGUUUUGAACAAUGCCUUCAUGGGAGAAUCUGUUGUCCUAGAUGAAAAAGGUUUAGGGUAUUGGAGUUCAAAAGCCUCUAGCAGUAGCAGUGUUUCUGUUCAUGCGCAAGCAACAAUCAGUGUUAGCAAGAGUUUGAAGUGGUGGGAAAAGAACCUGAAGCCUAAUAUGACUGAGAUCCAUUCAGCACAAGAACUGGUUCAUUCUUUGCUCAAAGCUGGUGAUUCAUUGGUUGUGGUUGACUUCUAUUCUCCUGGUUGUGGAGGUUGCAAAGCCCUUGAUUCAAAGAUCUGUCAAAUAGCUGGAUUGCACCCAAAUGCAAUAUUUCUGAGAGUAAAUUACGAUGAACUGAAAAACAUGUGUCACGGUUUGCGCAUUCACGUGUUACCUUUCUUCAGAUUCUAUAGGGGUGCGGAGGGUCGAGUUUGUAGCUUUAGCUGUACCAAUGCAACUAUCAAGAAAUUCAAGGAUGCCAUGGCAAAAUAUAGCAAUGAAAGGUGUUAUUUUGGUCCAUCUAAAGGUUUGGAAGAAUCUGAACUGAAAAUUUUGGCCUCAAUGGGUGAAAUAUCAAAUGACUCUUCGCUCUUGGUAUAUCCCAAACAUGAGAAAAUGAAGAAUUUGGUUAAUGAUUUUUCUGGAGUUUGGAACAUGGCUAGUAACAGCAGGGGAGUUAUGAAAGACAGUAUGUUCUGAAAUUGAUUUUGAAACUACCAAACAGAGCAUUUAUUUAUUUAUUUUGUCUUGUUUUAGGAUGAAGAUUUUAGUUAAGUAAAACAGCUUACCAUUUAUUUGUUUUUUUCUAG